AUGGCUGGGGGUGAGGCUGGCAAGGGCUCCGGAAAGGCCAUGACAAAGGCAGUUUCUGCUCACAGCAAGCUGGCUGCACUUGAAUUGGUAAGAAAUGGCUCAAAAGACUUGAAGGUGAAGUAUAUUACCCCACAUCACUUGCAACUUGCUAUCCGUGGAGAUGAAGAAUUGGACUCUCUCAUCAAGGUGACAGUUGCUGGUGGUGGUGUCAUUCCACACAUCCACAAAUCUCUCGUUGGGAAGAAAGGGCAGCAGAAGGCUAUCUAA